GAUGAACUUGGUGCAGAACAGGAAGAGCGUCGCAGGAGAACUCUGCUAAACAAAGAAUUUAAAGCCUUUUCUGAAAAAAUUGCGGAAGCGAGUGAAGGGAGUAUUGAUGUAGAUAUUCCUUUUAGAGAUAUUGGUUUUCAAGGCGUACCUUUUAGAACAAAUGUGUUACUACAACCCACGACGGAAUGUCUAGUACAUUUAACCGACCAGCCGUUUUUAGUAAUACCUAUUAGCGACAUAGAAAUUGCGCAUUUAGAGCGUGUUCAGUUUGGCCUGAAAAAUUUCGAUCUUGUGUUUAUUUUCAAAGAUUAUUCUCGCCCGCCAGUUCACAUUAACACUAUUCCAAUGAACCAACUAGAAAAUGUCAAAGACUGGCUAGAUUCAGUGGACGUAACCUUCUAUGAGGGUACUCAGAAUUUAAAUUGGACCCAAAUAAUGAAGACUAUUAAUCAAGAUCCUGCCGACUUUUAUGCACAAGGUGGAUGGUCAUUUUUGAAAUUGCACAGUGAGAACGAAGAUUCAGAUGCAUCAUCUGAUUCAGUAAGUGAGUAUCAACAGAGUGAAGAUGAAUACGAAGAAUCUUCGAGCGAUGAAAGUAGCUAUGAUGAAGAAGCAUCUAAUGAUAGUGAUCCUGGUUCUGAGACAGAAGAUAGUGAAGAUACCGCACCAGAUUGGGAUGAAUUAGAGGAAAAAGCGCGUAGAGCGGACGAACGAAAACAUGGAAUAAAGCGUGGGAAUGCAUCAGACGAAGAACACAGCAGGAACAAAAAGCUUCGCCGUUAA